AUGGCUGUUUACGGUGGAAGGAUGGGCAACGGUUUAUACGUGAAGAUGGAGGUUGGCGUCGAACUAGGAGGGCUGGGUGGUUCUUGCGGCUGGUUGCAGCGAUAUAGGGCAGUUUUCCAAAGUCAUAAAUCAUUUGGUUUUGCUAUUUCUGCUGAUACUGAACCUGAAUUCUAUCAUCAAGUAGCCAAACACUCUCAUUUUAGAGAUGAUAUUGCUACUGAGAUUGCUGCUUUAGAACUUAAUAAUACUUGGAUUGUUGUCAAUCUACCUCCUGGUAAACAAUCCAUAGGCUGUAAAUGGGUUUAUAAGAUCAAGUAUCGUUCUGAUGGUUCUGUGGAGAGGUACAAAGCAAGCCUUGUGGUAAAAGGUCCAGAUCUGAUUAUUGAUUGUUUACUAGUUUAUGUUAAUGAUAUUUUGAUAGCUUUACUAGUCUAUGUUGAUGAUAUUUUGAUAGCUAGUAGUGAUUUGGAAGUUGUAAAUUCUUUGAAAUCCUUACUUGAUGCUAAAUUAAAGCUCAAGGAUCUUGGUUCCCUAAAGUAUUUUCUUGGUUUAGAGGUGGCCAAAUCACCCAGUGGCAUUUCACUGUGUCAGCGAAAAUAUGCUCUAGAAAUUUUACAAGAUGUUGGUUUUUUAGCAUGUAAACCAGUAUCGUUCUUUAUUGAGCAAAAUUUGAUGCUUAGUAAAGAUGAUGGUGACUUGUUGCCAGACCCUACAGUGUUUCGGAGUCAAGCUGCUUUACACGUCGCUGUCAAUCCAGUCUUCCAUGAACGGACUAAGCACAUAGAGUUAGACUGUCAUUUCAUACGGGACAAAAUGCAAGCUGGAGUCAUCAAAAGAUUUCAUCUUUCUUCCCAGCAUCAACUUGAAGAUGUUCUUACCAAGCCCCUACUUGUCAUGUCUUCGAGAACUCUCCAAUGGCUAAGCCUUGUGGGCAUUAUAUGGCUUCAGUCCAUAAAUGGGACAAACUCAAACUUUCCAGCUUAUUCAUCUCAAAUCAAGAACCUUCUUUCCAUUUCCCAAGUGCAACUCAACAACCUUGCCUUUGCCUCAGAUGCAGGAAAACUCUUAGGUUGGCUUUCUGGCAUAGCAGUUGUUUACCUACCACUUUGGCUGGUUCUCAUCAUUGGUUCUUCCCUAGGGUUGCUUGGUUAUGGUUUGCAAUAUCUUUUCCUUUCAAACCAGAUUUCUCUGUCAUACGGGCAUAUUUUCGUGCUCACUGUUGUGGCAGGAAAUAGUAUUUGCUGGAUCAACACCGUUUGCUACGUUGUUGCCAUACGAAAUUUCACAUCUGAUCACCAGAUUGCGAUCGGAUUAACAACUAGCUACCUAGGGCUAAGUGCAAAAAUUUACACAGAUACUGUAAAUGCUGCCUUUUCUUAUUCACCAAUUGAGAGAGCUAAAGCCUAUCUCCUUCUCAGCUCUAUCCUACCCGUUAUAGUUAGUGUUAUAGCUGCACCACUGGCCAGAGAAGUUGAAGUUGGAAGGCCAAGAAACAUGGCAGUUGCGUUCAUAGCCAUGUUUGUGAUAACAAUGGCAACUGGGGUCUAUUCUGUGAUCAGCAGUUUGAAGUCGAUAUCAGGUAAAUUAUCGCCAUUGGGUCAUGCAAUUGGUACCGGUGCGUUCUUAUUGGCCCCUCUAGCAAUUCCAGUUGCAGAGAAAAUUAUAGAAGUAGUCAGAAAAUGCAAUGUAAAUAUUGAAAAAAAAAUGUAUCAUUUUACUAGAGAAGAUAACAUUGAAGGUGCGGAAAGAAUGGAGAUUGAAGUACAAGAUAAGAGAGGGGAAGUAGCCGGUGAAGUUCAUCAAGAGAGUGAAGGUGCAGAAACAAUGGAGAUCAGUGGGGUAAAAGAGAGUGGAGAUCAAGGCGGUGAUGUUCGUGUUAAAGAGGAGAUUGGAGUGAAGGUGAUGCUGAAGAGAUUGGAGUUCUGGUUAUAUUUUUUCGUCUACUUUUUUGGUGCAACACUUGGUUUGGUGUUUUUGAACAACUUGGGACAAAUAGCCGAGUCUCGUGGGUACUCAGGGACGUCUUCUUUGGUCUCUUUGUCUUCUUCUUUUGGGUUCUUUGGCCGUCUCAUGCCGUCCCUUGUGGACUAUUACUUCUCAAGGACCAAGCGUACGAUAUCAAAACCAGCUUCAAUUGUAGCAUUAAUGGCUCCAACAGCUGGAGCUUUCUUCUUGCUUGUCAGCAAGACCAACCUCUCUCUCCAGGUCAGCACUGCCAUUAUAGGAGUGUGUUGUGGAGCAAUCACUUCGGUCACCGUAUCCACAACCACCGAGUUGUUUGGGACAAAACAAUUCUCAGUGAAUCAUAACGUGGUGGUUGUAAAUAUCCCAAUAGGAUCCUUUCUGUUUGGUUACUUGGCAGCCAUUCUUUGCAGCAAGGAAGGAAAAGGAGAUAAUGGGAAAUGCAUGGGAGUGGAAUGCUACAGAAACACUUUCAUCAUCUGGGGUUCCCUUUGUUUUCUUGGAACUUUUCUUGCUUUAAUUCUAUACGCUCGAACUAGAAAGUUGUAUUUGCAAAACGUACCAGCUGUUUUGAAUGUCAAUGUUGCAUGA